ACUGUGCUGUAAUGGCUUCUUCUUCAUCACUUCAAUCCUGAAAUUUUGACCACACCAUUUGAGAAAAACGGAUCAAAAUGAGCAUCAGAACGACAACGUUUUGGACUCGAAUACUCCGUUUUAGGGCACCACCACCUUCCACCACCGCCGCCGCCGCCGCACCACUUUUCCGGCAACCACCGCCGCCGCAUUCCACCGUACGUUUCUUCUCAUCGUCGUUCUACAACAACCGUAAACCAUCAGCUGAUAGAGUAAUACAAGAGCUGUUAUUCGAAGUUGAAAGGGAUAAGCAAAGGGAAAAAGAAGAGAGAAAGAAGAAAGGAUUAGAUACAACUGAUAUUGAUGCUGAAGAAAAUGAGGAUUCAAUGGGUGUUGGUCCAUUAAUUGAGAAAAUUGAGAAGAAGAAAGUUAAAGAUGACAAAUUUAGUUAUUUUGAUGAACCUACGGAUUCGGAUAGUGAAGAUGAUGAUGAAAGGUGGACACCUGAUGCUGUUAAUAAACGAUGGGAAGUAUUUGAUAAGAAAUUUAAACGACACGAAGAGUUACUUGUUAACUUCACUGAUGCAGGUACCCUUUUGAGACAUUAACUUUGUUUGGAUGAUU